CCUGCAGGUCGCUGGAGCUCCUGUUUGCCAGUGGCCAGAACAACAAGCUUCUGUACGGUGACCCCCCCAAGUCCCCGCGCGCCACCCGCAAGUUCUCCUCACCGCCACCCCUGUCCAUCACCAAAACGUCGUCACCCAGCCGCCGGCGGAAGCUCUCCCUGAACAUCCCCAUCAUCACCGGCGGCAAGGCCCUGGACCUGGCUGCCCUCAGCUGCAACACCAACGGUUACACCAGCAUGUACUCGGCCAUGUCGCCCUUCAGCAAGGCCACGCUGGACACCAGCAAGCUCUAUGUGUCCAGCAGCUUCACCAACAAGAUUCCAGAUGAGGGUGAUACGACCCCGGAGAAGCCCGAAGACCCCUUGUCGCUCAGCAAGCAGAGCUCAGAAGUCUCCGUGAGAGAGGAGUCAGAUAUUGAUCAAAACCAGAGUGAUGACGGUGAUACUGAAACAUCACCAACUAAAUCGCCAACAACACCCAAAUCAGUCAAAAGCAAAAAUUCUUCAGAGUUCCCGCUCUUUUCCUAUAACAAUGGAGUCGUCAUGACCUCCUGUCGCGAACUGGACAAUAACCGCAGUGCCUUGUCGGCCGCGUCCGCCUUUGCCAUAGCAACUGCGGGGGCCAACGAGGGUACCCCAAACAAGGAGAAAUACCGGAGGAUGUCCUUAGCCAGCGCAGGGUUCCCCCCAGACCAGAGGAAUGGAGACAAGGAGUUUGUGAUCCGCCGAGCAGCCACCAAUCGUGUCCUGAACGUGCUCCGCCACUGGGUGUCCAAGCACUCUCAGGACUUUGAGACCAACGAUGAGCUCAAAUGCAAGGUGAUCAGCUUCCUGGAAGAAGUUAUGCAUGACCCAGAGCUCCUGACGCAGGAGCGGAAGGCCGCAGCCAACAUCAUCAGGACUCUGACCCAGGAGGACCCAGGUGACAACCAGAUCACGCUGGAGGAGAUCACGCAGAUGGCUGAAGGCGUGAAGGUUGAGCCCUUUGAAAACCACUCGGCCCUGGAGAUUGCGGAGCAGCUGACCCUGCUGGACCACCUCGUCUUCAGGAAGAUUCCUUAUGAGGAGUUCUUCGGACAAGGCUGGAUGAAAGUGGAAAAGAAUGAAAGGACCCCUUACAUCAUGAAGACCACCAAGCACUUCAAUGAUAUCAGUAACCUGAUUGCUUCCGAAAUCAUCCGCAACGAGGACAUCAACGCGAGGGUGAGCGCCAUUGAGAAGUGGGUGGCCGUGGCUGACAUAUGCCGCUGCCUCCACAACUACAAUGCCGUGCUGGAGAUCACCUCAUCCAUGAACCGCAGUGCAAUCUUCCGGCUCAAAAAGACGUGGCUCAAAGUCUCUAAGCAGACUAAAGCUUUGAUUGAUAAGCUCCAAAAGCUUGUGUCAUCUGAGGGCAGAUUUAAGAAUCUCAGAGAAGCUCUGAAAAAUUGUGACCCACCCUGUGUCCCUUACCUGGGGAUGUACCUCACCGACCUGGCCUUCAUCGAGGAGGGGACGCCCAAUUACACGGAGGACGGUCUGGUCAACUUCUCCAAGAUGAGGAUGAUAUCCCACAUUAUCCGAGAGAUUCGCCAGUUUCAACAAACUGCCUACAAAAUAGAGCACCAAGCAAAGGUAACGCAGUAUUUACUGGACCAAUCUUUUGUAAUGGAUGAAGAAAGCCUCUACGAGUCUUCCCUCCGAAUAGAACCAAAACUCCCCACCUGAAGCUGUGCCCAGCCCAGACCCAGCUGCUCCCGGGGACACGUGCUAGAUGAUACUGUACAUAUUCGUUUGGUUUCACUGGAUUUUCUUCUUCAGUAUGUGCUUCUCCAAGAAUACAAAUCGUCCUUGUUCUUAGAUUCCUGUAGAGCCGGAAUAUGAAUUUCUGCACCGUUUUGGACUUUGAGCACCCGUCCCUCCCGUCUCCUGCAGUGCUCUCGGUCCUUCUUCCCUAGACUCCUCACUCUUCUAAGAGGGGAAACGGCACCCUUGCAUACAAGAAUCUUAGACUCCAGUCCUGCUUCCGUCCCUCCCCAGCCCAGGCUCCUGGGUUGAGGUGGCCACCCAGGCAUCCUCCCAGCAUGUUCCAUGUAGUUGUUAUAACUGGGUGGGGGGGUGGGGGCGGCGGGAGGGGGAAACCAUAUCCUGAAGUCCAGCCAUUGACAAAUCUUCCCGCUGAUGGUGAUGUCAAUUUCCAAAGCAGCUUCUCCAGCCAAAAUUGCAGGUCUCAAAAAGCCCCUCUGUCUCCCAGUAACCUGGACGGAAGGGAGUCCUCUCUGCUCAGAACCACGCCCCCCGUACCAAUGCUGCCAUCUCCUUCAGGCCCCACGUUGCUCCUCGCUGUAGGAUUAACACCAGAUAGCAUGAAUAGCAGUCUCAAUACAACUGGACGAGGCCCCAGAACUUCCCGAGGAAACGGAGUCACAAACACCAAGCCACGUCGACUUUGGCUGACCAUUGGCCCAGCAUUCACUGGAAGUCGGGAACACAAAAACGUCACUUUUCCUCUUUAAGCCGCCUAACGGUCACUACAAGCUUACGUGGAGAUGCUCUAAGUCUGUAUACCUUGUGAUAAUUAGUACCACACUGUAGAAUUAGGAGAUCAAUUACCAAGUGUUUUUAUUGCAUAUACUGUAGUCCUGUCUAAAUGCCUUCUAGCAGGAAUAUAGUAAUGUAGUGCUUAUUCUGUGAAUAUUACCAUGUAUUUUUUACAUUGUACAUUAUAGAAAACACAGGUUAACUCCGAAGUGGCAGGCAUGUUCCACUACAACAGACAGACAGCUUUUGCUGUAAGCAAUACCCAGUGGUAUGAGAAUUCUAUUUCAAGUCCUAAAAUAUUUCAACUUACAGCUUGUUUGGAAAAAAAAUUUCCAUUUUUGUAAAAAUACAUGUUUCCUGAUUACCUCUUGCUAAUAAAUCUAUUCUAUCUCAGGGUGAA